AUGAGCCCGGCGAUCAGACCCUUGCCGACCCCCCCCCCCCCCCCCGGGAAAUUUGCCUUCCCCACCCCCGACGUGUCCGACAACGGCUUGCCCGGCCUAAGUCCUGUAGUCCAAAGCAUCAACAGACUGGUUCUGAUGAGAGAAGGCCUGCUUCCGGAAGAAAACCACGUACUGAAUCACGCGAUGGUCGGUUUCUGCCAUAAUGGGGCGCAGGUUAAACAGCACCGCCGCCAGCGCUGCGCUUACUCAACCGUGUCCGCUUUCAAUCGGCGACGUCACGCAGCCGGGCGGUGGGUCGCAAUCAGUGGAAUAUUAAAGUGCGCCUAUCCCAUAGUUUCCGCACGAGAGUCCCGAGCCAUUGUUCCGUCACGGCCCGCUGAUAUUGUCUAUGCGGGCGUCGCAGUCGCCAUCCCCCGGGGCAGUGGACGGCCGCGGGCGAGACAUUUCACGAGCGGCUGCCCGCGCGACCUUUGCGCGUAUUCCCCCCCGCGAAAUGCCAUCGCAUUUUCCACCUUUUUUCGCCGACCCGGCCGGCUCGCCCGCUCCACGGCACUCGAU